ACGCUGGUGCGCGUCGCCAUCGGACGCGCGGCUGAGGGGUUGGACUUCCAGCGCGCGGAGCCGCGUCUUCGCCAGUCGCCCCUCGUUGCGCGCUGGAUAUGGAUCAGGACGCAGCGCGCCUCCCUGCUCUCCCCCGCCGACGGGCUGCCCUCCGCGGCGCAUGAGACGAGGAGAACCAAGGGGCCCAAAUGAACCACCGCCUGCCCGCCUCCCCCGGCCUGCAAUGGCUUAACAGGAGAGACAUGAGUGUCCGGGCGGAGGACAGCAUCUCCCUGUGCCAAAGGGCUCUCCGGAUCAUUACGGAACUUUGUCUCGCGGGGCAAGUGGACCAGGAGACGUGUUCGGAUGUAUUUCCCCUGGAGAGCAGCAUUCCAGGUAAAGGACAUGCAGACAUCUCUAUUAGUCUCCUUGCCGUGGUCGUGGGUUUCUGUGGCCUCGCCCUGUUGGUAGUCUCUCUCUUUGUCUUCUGGAAGCUGUGCUGGCCCGUCUGGAGGAGCAAGGCCCUGUCGGCCCACGCCGAAAGCGGCCCGCGGGCGGGUUUCCCCCCCGAGGCCCCUCCGCCCGGCUCCCCGCCGCGGGUCGGCGGGUGCGAGGCGGCGGAGCCGGAGAAGAAGCGCCCGCCGGAGGCGAAGGCCAACGGGCGGAGCACCGUCAAGCUCCUGGAGGCGGCCAUGAAGAUCAGCCAGACGUCUCCGGACAUCCCCGCCGAGGUGCAGACCGCCCUGAGGGAGAAGCUCAGCCAGCAGGCUAAGAUCCAGAGGCAGACCACGGAGCCCACCUCCUCCUCCAGGCACAACUCAUUCCGCCGCCACCUGCCUCGCCAGAUGAACGUCACCAGCUUUGACUUCAGCAUGGACACGGUGCCCCUCCGCCAGUCGUCCACUGUGAGCAUCGGAAGGAUAAAGCCGGAACUCUACAAGCAGAAAUCUGUGGAGUCGGAGGACGGCGGCAAAGAGCCGGCGGAGACCUGCGGAAAGCUCAGCUUCUCGCUGUGCUACGACCACGAGGAGCAAGCCUUGGUGGUGAGGAUCCUCAAGGCCUUGGACCUGCCCGCCAAGGACUUCACGGGCACCUCCGACCCGUACGUGAAGAUCUACCUGCUGCCGGAGAGGAAGAAGAAGUACCAGACGAGAGUCCAGCGCAAGAAUCUCAACCCCAUGUUCGACGAGACCUUCCGCUUCCCCGUGGUGUACGACGAGAUCUGCAGCCGCAAGCUGCACUUCAGCGUCUACGACUUCGACCGCUUCACCAGCCACGACAUGAUCGGCGAGGUGGUGGUGGACAACCUCUUUGAACUCUCCGACCUUUCCAGGGAGGCCGUGGUGUGGAAGGAUAUUCAUGCGGCGACCACAGAGAGCAUCGACCUGGGAGAGAUCAUGUACUCGCUGUGCUACCUCCCCACAGCAGGACGAAUGACCGUAACCGUCAUCAAAUGCAGAAACCUCAAAGCCAUGGACAUCACAGGCUCCUCAGACCCUUACGUCAAGGUUUACCUGAUAUGCGACGGACGGAGGUUGAAGAAGCGAAAAACCACCACCAAGAAGAGCACGCUGAACCCCGUGUACAACGAGGCCAUCAUCUUCGACAUCCCCCCGGAGAACGUGGAGCAAGUCAGUCUGUCCAUCAUGGUGAUGGACUACGACCGGGUCGGACACAACGAGGUGAUCGGCGUGUGUCGCACCGGGCCGGACGCCGAGGGUCUCGGGCGGGAUCACUGGAACGAAAUGUUGGCUUACCCGCGGAAGCCCAUCACCCACUGGCACGCUCUGGGAGAGUGGCCCGGAAGAGCAGCAAGCUUUGAGAGUCAAGGUUCGUGCGCCUCACCCAAACCGCCGCGGACGCCCUGACGGGCCCGCGUCGCCCGGCGAGUCCCUCUGUGAAGAACCAUCCCAUCACGUGUGUUUGCUUUCAGCGUAGCUCCGUUCGUGUUUGUUCGAUCUCGGGUCCUUCAAGUGCUCUGCGGAGCUGUUCAUGGACAGAACUCACUGUCGACUGAUUUAAAAAAAAAAAAAAAAACGUGGGUUUUAUUCCUUCGUUAAUCCGCUCUGAAAUUCUCCCUGAAGGCUUUACAUUUACACGGACCACCUGAGUGGUUUCACUCCCACCAUUCGCUUGUAGCUGCGUCCACCUUUUAGGAUUCCGAGCCCUGCAGUGACGUAGCAUUUCCCCCUUUUGAAGUGGCAGGAAAGUUGAAACGCUUGAUGAAAAUCAUUUAAUAAAUUCAGGUCUUGGCUGGAGAAUGCUGUUAAUUGAGCAUUCACCGGGGGCUCGGUGAAUCUCUCUCAAAAGGUCAACAGUUGUAUGAAACCAGCGGCACCUGCAGAUAUUAGACGAGUCGACGGGACCCUCAAAGGUAGAGAAAGCGUAGCAGAGACAUGUAGCAAACUACAAAAGACCAUCCGUGCUUAAAAGAACCAAUGUGUUCAAAUUGUAUUUUUGUCCCUUAUUCUAGCAAAGGACAACUGGGAGUUUAUUCCAGUCGGUGUGUUUGAGGUUCUGAUCAUCGGCCCUCAGAGUCUUAAUGACAAACCUGUACAGAGAAAUAAGCAAAACAAAAGACUUUAGACUUUCGGUGACAAUUUAUUUUUGUACACGGUAGAUCAUUUAUCGCCCGAUUGUAUUGCGCCUAUAGCUUCAUCAAAUGCGGUUAAAGCGCUGUUCAAACUGCAAAUGUCUACAGUGUCCAUCGACCAAUAACUGGGCCCAGCUGUGGUUCUUAUCUUUCUCAUACGCAACAGAUGUUGUUUGGGCCGACGGAACUGAAGGUCGCCGGCUCGGAGGGCCUAUUUUUAAAAUGGUAACAUAUUUUCACCAAAGCCACCAUUGUCAUAACAAACUGCACGAUGUGCCGUGUGAAGAUAGAACGCUUGACAGGAACAGCCACAGUAACUGGGGGGGCGGAGCUUAUCUCAUUUGGCUGAAUAGGGCCAAACGGCACCAAAAUAAAAUUGCAUAAUCGUAUACUAAGCUACUUUUCAUAUAAAAUGUAAUGAAAAAUUGCACUUUAAUAAGUUGGAUAGAUUAAUUACAAAAGUAUUGCAAGUGAAGUACAGGCUCACAUAUGCAUGACGUGUUGUUACGCAAGUGUUUUACACCAAAAAUAUUAUAAUUUGCAUAAAAGCUGGCCAGUUCCAAACUGAUUGUAGGUGUUGACGUGACGAAGCAUGAGGUCCUGAUUGUUAGUCACGUGACCGCGGAGUAGAGUGUGAACAGAAUGCUAAUUGCUAAUUUAGUGAGCAGUACAAAACUGACCGAGUAUGUUGUGUCAAUACACAAGUAUGCAAUUACCAACACAAACUUUGUUGCACAACAACUUUUCCUCACCUGUCACAAAUUCAGGGAAUUAUAAUUGAUAAAAUACUUGGAACUGUUACGUGCAGGUUUUUUUUACAUGGAGCCAUAUAAAGUGAAGUUCCACGUGUCGAAACAUUGACUUGGUUUCUUCUCAUAUGUGAGUAAUAAGAAAAUAUCAAGAAAGCCAACAUAGUGAAUAGAAAACGAGGCUGUGUACUGUUAUCUUACUUGCACAUGGAUAUAACGAUGCCCUUGAAGAGAAAAUUAUUUUUACUUGUAGCAUGCGUCUCACCACUUUUAAAAACACACAGAGGGAAAACACAAGAAAUGCAUAUGUGAGAGUAUUUGUAUAUAGUAUACCUGCCAACUGGCACUGUUUGUAUUCAAACGUGAAAUUUAAGAAGUCGUCGUGAACUUAUUUCUAUUGUUUGGUGAUAACUUGAAACAGCUCAUUCUUGUAAUUGAGUCACUUGUUUAUACUCGUUCUAUGAUAGUUGUGAACAAUUAGCCAAACUGGAGACCAGGCGACUACCUUAUUAUUCCAUGUUUAGCAGUUUAGAGCGUUUGGUCUGUAAUUGUUUGCAUAUUUGUUGAUUCCGUAUCGAGCAAGAACAAGUGCAACUGCCGUCAUAAUGUGUACAGUUUGUGAUAACUUUUGUAACACUUUAAAGUAAACAAAUUGAAAUAUGAUUUAUUGUAUGUUUCAUAUGUAUUUUAACUAAAAAAUAAAAUAAAAAUCCUACCUUUGGCA